AACUAUAAUCUCUCCAAAACAUAUCACCAAACAGAGAAACAAACAAGCAAAAAACUUAAACAAUACGCAAUAUCGUAUCAAAUAUACUAUAUAUUCGUGAAUAUUAUCAUUGUCUAUGAUGAAGCGCAUACACGUUGAAAGCUCCGCUCCAAAGUACCAAAGUGGCAAAUGGUCCUGGGACAAGAAACAUGAAUCAUUGCACUUUGAGCAAUAUUUCGAAACGGAGGACACAAAUGAACGCUACAUUAAUACAAAUGGAUACAAGUUUCUUCGUACGCUCAAUCAAGAGGAAGAAAUGAUCUUUCGACAGGUGUUUGUCCGCCCCGAUACCUCUUACGACGCGGACACGGUGGUGAUCAACGAUGUUCGCGAUUUGGUAUUCUUUUUAAUGCCGAAAGAGUUUUUGCACAUUAAGUUUCUUCAGUUUAUGCACCAUCCUUUAGUUCAUAGACUAUUGCAUGGUUUAAUUAUCUACUUUGAAUAUUUUCUGCGUUUGGUAGAAUUUGUGCUGAUCCGUCGGGAUGAGAUAGCUGGCGAUAUGGCCAAUUUGCAAAGCGAGCAGACGAACGAAAUGAAGCGAAUAUGGUCUUCCUAUUUGAGCCAGUAUCGCAUUCUAGUGGCUCGAGAUUACAGCACAAUCAUAACGGGUGACGGUGAUUUCAAAAAGUUUUACCAUACGAAAGAAAACGUCAAUAUAUCUUUUACGAUGAAGGACCGAUUUUUUCACGAGCAGUUUCUUGCUGUCGCCACUCAGAUCGUUUGGAUCACGAUGCAAAGGAGGGCUUACUACGUAAUUGAGAUGGAAAUGAACCGACUUUUUCGAUCUGAACAUUUCAUAUUGAAUCGGCAGGAGUAUCUGAAGUUCACUCCCGCAGAGCGAGGUUUGCUCUAUGGACGCAACAAUAAGUUGGUCAACUUUCAGAAUCAGACCUCACCAUUAAUCCAAGAGCUCAAAAAUAUUGCCGAUGAGAAUAUGCCUAUCCUAUGGAUUGGUGUGCGCAAAUAUCGUGGCUCGGAUCCCCGCAUUGCCGAGCUCGAGCUUGAGUAUAUGGUGCCCGGGCCACAGUUGCGAAUGAUCGAUAUAGCACACGGCAUUUUGGGUCACCCAAGGCGGUUGUAUAACACGCUCCUCUCGUUGGACUGGCCUUCGGUGCGCUAUUCCAACUUUACUUCAGAUCACGACCCCUAUCACAUGGUACGCCAGCCGAAUCUGCGCAUACCCAACAUUGAUGAGGCGGAGGUGCGCAAAAGGUCGCAGAGCCUGGAUAUGUUCUACAAGGUUUAUCGUAUUUACGAGCCAACGAGACGUGAAACGCUCGUGAACUGGUCCAAACGCGAAAAGAUAAUAAACUAUUAUCAGAGUGGUGGAGUUUUACAAAAUGUACAUACGCGUUGUGAGAAACAAUUGGUAAUCGAUGACAAACGGCCCGACAUUAAGCAGGUUGUUAGCAACUUCUUGGAUGUCAUGCAAAAGCUUCGAAAGCCAAAAAACUGAGUUUCGCAAAAUAUGUGAGAUUGGAUCAAGAAAAUCCCUCUGUGUACAGAGAUGAUCUUAUGCCAAAACGCGUUCACAUUACUUUAAAUGCUUUUGCACCUUAAAUUUGAAUUCACUUG